AUGAACGGAAGAUGCGAAUACGUCUUGAGAGGCGUCAUUUACUACGACGCGCUUCACUUCACGGCCCGUGUGACGAGUCCGACAGGUGAGGUGUUUAAAUAUGACGGUAUGCAAGGUAAUGGGGAGUUUAUGUUCGAAGAUACGUAUGAACAAAUUGUUGAUUGGAGAACGCUACACGGUCGAUCCGCGACGCUCGCAUUUUACGCGCUGAACGUUUGA